AUGCUUUUGCUUUUGAUCGAUUAUGACUCUUCCAUUCUGAUGGAUGAUGAUAAAAAAAAAAUUUCAACAAGGGAGCGUGUUCAGCGUCUCUUCAACAAGGCGUGCAAAGAGCAAUUGUUCUCAUUGGAGCAGAAAAACAAGGAUGAUGCUGGUGAAUUUCAAACCACUGAAGUAACUAUCUAUGAUUACUCUGUUAAUAGCCGUAACAUUGACUUGCCAUAUUCUGCCGAUCUUCCUUGUAUCAAUGUUGGGAAGCCUAAGCGUCCAACUUACUUCCCUAUUGAGCUAUGUUUAGUGGAAAGAAGACCGUUCAAACAAUUGACUCUUGGCGGAGUCGUCCCUGUUUCUAUCGAGCAACGUUGGCGGCUUGAUAAGACCAAGUUCUAUGUUGUUGGGGCAGGGAUUUUUACUGGUCUUAUAGUUGCACUUUAUCCAAUUUCGGUUGUGAAGCCCAGGAAGCAGGUUGGAGCCCAAAUAGAAACAGAAAUCGCCGUCUUCAGUGACAAUGUGCAAGGAAAGCUGGCCAUAACGAGAAUCCACAAAGCAAAUGAAGAUUCUGAGAGUCACUAUAAUGGUAAAUUGGCUGAAGACCUGUUUGCAUCAGAUUCUAUUCAACCCAAUCUUCCCAGUAAAGAGGAAAGAAACCUUAUUUUAGAAACAACUGAAGCUUCUCCUCAGCCUGAAAUUCAAAUUAAGUACAAGAGGACUCUCUCUGGCGGUCUCCAGAGCCCUAGAUCAGAAGUGCCAAAGGCAGCAAUACUGCAAAGAAUUGACUCCAAGACGGCUGCAGUACUUUGGAACCCUUUUAACAAAAGGGAAGCUCAAUGCAUUUUAGUCUUUGGAAUUAUCUCCCUCGGUUUUGAACCAAAACACAAAUUUUCCCACAGAGAAACAGAUGCUGAUAUUACUGUUGCUGCACUGUCAAUGGAUCAAAAACAUGCAACGGCAUUUGGUCUGAUGAAAAUAGAUGAAGAAGGUCGCAUCAUUGAAUUUGCUGAGAAACCAAAGGAAGAGCAAUUAAAAGCUAUGAAGGUUCACACUACCAUAUUGGGUCUUGAUAACGAGAGAGCGAAAAAGAUGCCUUACAUUGCAAGUAUGGGAAUAUAUGUUGUCAGGAAAGAUGUAAUAAUAAAUCUUCUUAGAGAUCAAUUUCCUGGUGCACCAACUUUCCUUCAUUUGUCAGACGUACGAAAUGGUUACUAUAUUUAG